AUGUUUACACAUCAAUUUAGAGGGAGGGCCCUUGUCUUCGCGGUCACGGCGGCCUCUUGUCAGGCGUUCUUACUCCUUGGAUAUGAUCAAGGUGUUAUGUCAGGCCUGGUUGGGGCGGACAACCGGUUCGGUCGAGAUUUCAAUAAUCCGGAUGCCGCUCUACAGGGAGAUAUAGUGGCUCUCUACGAUAUUGGCUGUAUCAUCGGAUCCAUUCUGGUUUUUUGCAUCGGCGAGAGAUUUGGUCGACGUUGGAUGCUCAUGAGUGGUGGAACCAUCAUGAUUUUGGGCACUGUUAUCUUGGCCUCCUCCACUACAGUCGCACAAUUGAUUAUUGGUCGGGUUGUUACCGGCGUGGGAAAUGGUAUGAACAGCAGUACAGCUCCUGUCUACCAGAGCGAGUGUGCCCCCUCCGACAUCAGAGGAACUCUCUUGACAUUACAGGGAACCAUGACAAUCCUUGGCCUUUGCAUAGCUUACUGGCUUGACUACGGAGCUAGUUUCACAGAUUCCUCCUUGCAAUGGCGCUUUCCCCUUGCAUUCCAGGCUAUUUUUGCUGUCUGUUUGGUCCUACAGGUUAUUGGACUUCCCGAAACACCGCGAUGGCUUAUGAAAAACGACCGGUAUGAGGAGGCCCGAGAUGUCGUUGCGGCAAUUAACGAUGUUUCUAUCGAUGACCCAGUUGUCAUCCAGACAUUGGCCGACAUGGAAAAGGCAGUCCAAGAAGAUAUUCAAGGAGAUCAAGUCGGAUGGCGGGAUUUUUUCUCCCAUGGAAAGACACAAAAUUGGAGACGAUUGGCUUUGAUUAUCUUCAUAGAGAUCAUGCAGCAAUUCACUGGAUCCAACAUGAUAAACUACUAUGCUCCAACUGUGUACACGGAUACACUUCAUAUGUCUAGAAAUAUGGCGAUGAUUCUUUCUGGGUGUACUUCUCUUGCAUAUCUCGUGGGCUCCGCUCUUCCGCUUUUCAUGAUGGACAAAUUUGGCCGCCGCAUUUUAUUGAUUGUAUCAGCGGCUGGACUCUCUUUGUGCUUCAUGAUGGUUGCUAUUUUGCUAUCCUUCGAUAAAGUCCAGGACGCAUACGGGGCUACAGCAUUUAUCUUCCUAUUCCAAAUCUUCUAUGGUCUUGGGUGGCUGCCUGUGCCCUGGUUCUAUCCAUCUGAGCCAUAUCAGAUCAGCACGACAUCUCUACGUUCCAAGAGUGCAGCAAUAGCUUCCGCCUUUAACUGGUUGUCUGUGUUUGCAGUUGUGAAGAUCACACCUAUUGCAAUCCAAAACAUUAAUUGGCGCGUGUUCAUCAUUUUCGCCAUUCUCAACUUCCUUUGGAUUCCGAUCGUCUAUUUCUUUUACCCGGAAACAAAGGGACUCGAAUUGGAGGAUAUCAACCUGAUAUUCGCCAAAGGCGGGCUCACCGGUGGCGUCUUUUCCUCGGGAGGUCGGACCGUCGUUCCUCAUCAACAUGCACAGGAAACCGAGUUGGAGGGCAAGCUGCAAACAGGCAUGAUUGAGAACAUCGAACUUACUUGA